AUGCCUCUUCGAAACGAGACCUCUUCGCAGAACUCGCAAGCUAGUGGUCGAUCGAGAUCGGCGACUUUGGGACUCGGAGGUCACCGUGAGAAACAAAUCGGGUUAGACGCUGACCAUGCUCGAAUUUGCAAGUUCUCGCGACCAGACGACCCAACGUACCAGCAAGUCGGGGAUAACAUAGCCGAGAUGGUUAAUGCGGCGAUUGCUAAACAGGAGCAGCUACACGAAGGCUCUAAGAGGCCAAGAAACGUCUCUCGGGUCCAAGGGAACAAAAACAGCACCGUACAGUAUGGACGGUCAAACACUAGUUUCAUCACAGGCAACGUCAACCGAACACAGCAAUUCGACGACGAUAAAGAAAGUGACACAAAUGGCGGAGAGAACGUGGCGACUCAGAUUAGCAACAAUUGUUACGGAGCUUUGGAGGCACUACAUCGUCAUCGGUUCGAACUGCGUGUGUUCCCAUCAAAUGCCGAAUGUACUUCGAGGGCAUAA